GAUGAACGAUGCAUCGCCUUGCAUCGCUCUAUCUAUACGUGUCUUCUUCCUCCUCGAAGUGCACCAUGAUCCAAAUCAUAUGAUAAUAUCCAAUUUCCGUGACUGAGUAUCACGAGUUGCAUCAACCUGGGGCUUGCUCGACAUGCCCCGGGCAUAUAAAGCCUGCAAUCCACCACCAUUAUGAAAAACAACCAAUCCACAUUCCAAUGGCCCACUCCUUCGAGAUUUUCUUCACUGGACGGGAUGAUCCUCGCAAUGGCUGCAUCGUCAUCGGCGAGGACACCAAGCCAGUAUUUUUCGAGUUCGAGACGCAGUACUUGUCACCUUCCUCAGCACGUACCACUAUAUCUAGCAAUCGCAAUCCCGUUGCAGCUUUGCAUUGGUUAAACGGUGGCCUCGGUGUUGCAACUAUUGGUGAUCGUGAAAUUCCAAUGACACACCUGGUCCAACAGGGAUCGAGUACGUCCGCUCGUAGGUUUCCUUCUGCGGAUGGCCGCCAUUAUGAAUGGCGAAAGUGUCACGCUGACCCCAGGUCGUAUGAGCUGUUCUCCGGACCCAAUACAAGAAUCGCCAAGUUCCAGAAGCUCUCCCAAGCCACGCCGAUUGGUCCUUCACAUGGAAUACUACAAUAUAGCUUUAGUCACGACCUUCUAUUGCUCGAAGCCUUGGUCACUUUGAAUCUUAAUAGGUGGCUAGAUUGGACCGGGUGAGGUGUUGGUCAGAAGAACAAGGAAUAUGUAUGCAUGUAUUACUGCCUCUGUACGAAUAUCGAUAUCACCACGCCCAAUGUAGACACAAAUUCUCCAUGCAAGCAAGACCAAGCUGACGAGAAAAGAUCAAUAUAGCAUAAAAGAUUAUUAACUCCAGCAAUCAAGGAUUUCUCAUCGAUCCUAACAUGUGUUCCAGUUU